AGUCAGUGAAAGGGGACUCUAAGAAAAGAAAGUAAGACGACGGUGAACACCGCUUGGUUGCCAAAGCUGGUACAAAGAGCGGGGUCAAACAUUUUUCGUCUUCCCUUUUGACCCUUUCGCUGAUACGUAUUACCACUUUUACACUGAAUAAUACCCCUUCGUUCCCUUCCGUCACCCAUCAUAGCCACAAAACAUAACACGAUGCACGCCAAUGUAUUAGCUACCGCAACUUUUGAAGAAAUUUUGGACGACCUUUCAAGUCGUUUUAUUAUCAAUGUUCCUGAAGCCGAACAACAAUCACCUGAACGCAUCUGUUUCCAAGUUGAACAAGCUCAUUGGUUUUAUGAAGAUUUCGUUCGUUUGUUACAGCCCAGCUUGCCGUCAUUCCAACUCAAGACUUUUUCAGAGAAAAUUUUCAAGCAUUGUCCCCUCAUGGAGCAAUGGGCACAUCAACAUGAACGAGCAUAUGCUAAUUUUAUGCAGUACAGAUUCCGAAUCCCAGUAUGUGGCGCCAUCUUAUUAAACGAAACACUCGACCAGUGUGUUUUGGUCAAAGGUUGGAGCUCAAAGUCGGGCUGGAGUUUUCCGAGAGGCAAGAUUAAUCAGGACGAAGAAUUUGAUCAUUGUGCAGUUCGUGAGGUAUUCGAGGAAACCGGAUAUGAUAUAAGCCCAUUGAUCAAAGACACGUACCUUGAAGCAACGAUAAGAGAACAAUCAAUUCGGUUGUACAUUAUCUGUGGCGUUCCGGAAGACACCGAAUUCCGGCCGCAAACGCGUAAAGAAAUCAGUCAAGUGGAAUGGUUCAAGUUGGAUGAAUUACCUGGUAUCAAGCCUGGAACUAAAGCCACCGGUCGAUUUUAUAUGGUUGUUCCAUUCGUAUGGUAAAUUGAGAACAAGCGAAAAAAAAAACAAAAAGAGAAAUAGAAGGGGAAAAGGGAAGUUUCUUGCACAAGAAGGUUAUUAAGU